CAUUAACCGUUCACUACCGCCAACUCAACCGCUUCCUCCUCUCACUUCGUCUCUCCGCCGCACCUCCGCCGCCGGAAGCACCGUAGUCCGCCGGCGAUGUUUGGGGCAAAGGUCUUCACCAAAUUCUCCAUACCUUUUGACCUGUCUCCAAGUAACCGCUUGACUAACGGAGUUUCUUUCCGUAACGGCCUUUUCGGUGCGAGAGAAAGCGCUUCCACGCUGUGUCUCUGUUCCGUUGACGGUGGCGUUUUCUCCGUUACGGCUUCCGGAAAUUGCCACGUGGACUACCUCGGGGAAAGCACCAAGGGGAACUUGAACGUUAAGGUCGAAACUUUUGUAGGAAUCGAUGGACAUGCUGCAUUAGAAGGUCCAAUUGAGGAGGUGGCCAGAAGAGAGGCUAGAGAAGCUGAAGAUUUACUGAAAAAAUUGGAUAUUCAGAUUCCUUUUUUGUCAAGAGAUUCACCUCAUGGAAUAUUUUGCAUCCAUACACUAAAUCUUCAGUCAAUUAGUGUCAUUGGAUAUGACAUGGACUAUACCUUGGUGCAUUAUAAUGUGAAGGCUUGGGAAGGGCGGGCUUAUGACUACUGUAUGGAAAACCUCAAGAAAAUGGGCUUCCCUGUUGAUGGACUUGCAUUUGAUCCAGACUUGGUUAUUAGAGGCCUUGUCAUUGAUAAAGAGAAAGGCAAUUUGGUUAAACUUGAUCGAUUUGGUUAUAUAAAAAGAGCCAUGCAUGGAACCAAAAUGUUAUCUACGCAUGCUGUGAGUGAGAUAUAUGGGAGAGAACUGGUGGACCUGCGGGAGGAGAAUCGAUGGGAGUUUCUCAACACAUUGUUCUCUGUGUCUGAAGCUGUGGCUUACAUGCAUAUGGUUGACAAAUUGGAAGAUGGGGUUAUACCAUCCAAUCUUGGCUCCUUUGAUUAUAAAAGGCUUUAUAAGGCUGUUGGAAAAGCUCUCUUCACAGCACACGUGGAAGGUCGCCUCAAGAGUGAGAUUAUGUCUAACCCCGAACAAUUUGUGGAACCUGAUCCAGAAAUUCCCUUCACACUUUUGGAUCAGAAAGAGGCAGGCAAAAAACUUCUGCUUAUUACAAACUCAGAUUAUCAUUAUACAGACAGAAUGAUGCAUUAUUCAUUUAAUAGAUUCCUUCCGAAUAGCAUGGGUUGGCGAGAUUUAUUUGACGUUGUAAUUGUCUCGGCACAAAAACCAGAAUUCUUCCAAAUGUCACACCCCAUGUAUGAAGUGGUGACAGAUGAUGGUCUGAUGCGUCCAUGCUUUAAAGCUCAAACUGGUGGUGUGUACUCAGGGGGGAGCGCGCAGAUGGUUGAAAAUUCCCUAAAUAUACACGGAGACGAGAUACUGUAUAUUGGUGACCAUAUUUACACUGAUGUUAGUCAAUCUAAAGUCCAUUUGCGAUGGCGAACAGCAUUGAUUUGUCGGGAACUGGAAGAAGAGCACAGUGCCCUAAUUCUUAGCCUGGGUCAUAGAAAAUCAUUGGUGGAGCUUAUAAAUCAAAAGGAGGUUAUAGGUGGUCUCUUUAACCAGCUACGGCUGACUCUGCAGCGGCAAAGUACAGGGCAUCCUGCUCAUACUGUUGCUCAAACUAAAUUGGAGGAUGAAAAACUUACUGAAAGCAUGCAAAAGCUACAUAUUGUUAUGAAAAGACUAGAUGGAAAAAUUGCUCCAAUGCUAGAGGCAGAUGGGGAGCUCUUCAAUAAAAGGUGGGGCUAUCUAUCACGUGCUGGUUUGUGGGAUAAAAGCCACUUGAUGAGACAAAUUGAGAAGUAUGCAGAUAUAUAUACUUCUAGGGUGUCAAAUUUUUUACAUUACACACCCUUUAUGUAUUUCCGCUCUCAGGAACAGAACCUUGCACAUGAUUCAUACACACACUAUUGUUCACAAGUUGUCAAGUUUCCUUCCUAUGGUAAAUUGGACCAAAAUAGAGAAAUAUAGGAAAUAAAUGUCUCUGGUUGACUUAAAACAUGUAUCAUUUCAACCUUGUAUAAUGGUGUAGUGAUGAUAUAUACUAUAUUAUAUAAAUGCAUGAUACCAAGUCUAUGAAGGGCCGUAGAUAUCGUGUUUCACAAAGCUUUAGAAGUCCCCAUGUCAUUAAAAAGAUGAUUGGUGUUUUGGGUCAACAAUAAGGAUGGCGUAGUAAGGUACUUUCCCUGAACCAAGGGGUGUUUUAGUUUGCUAUUGGUUUCAAUGAGAGCAGAGGCCAAAGCAGAAAGAAAUAAAUGCAAGGGAUAGUGUUUCCAACUGAAUCAGAAUGUCAUGAUUGACAUGACAUUGUUGGUGACUAAUCAAAUUUGUAUGUUGUUACCCCGCUAUUAGGUUCAAAUGAUUUAUAUUUCUACCAUGAUAACAAAUCUUUAUGCAUUUCCUUGGCAUAUAAUUUGAUCAUUUCAAUA